AUGCCAAUGCUCAAGGAUCCCUCGCGCAAAUACCGCAAAUUUCCGGCCAUGAAUUUGCCAAAUAGGCAAUGGCCUGCCAGGACUCUGGAUGUGGCACCCAGAUGGCUCUCUACAGACCUCAGAGACGGCAACCAGUCUUUGCCAGACCCUAUGACUUUCGAGGAAAAAAAGGUAUACUUUAGGAAACUUUGCGAUCUUGGAUUUAAGGAAAUUGAGGUUUCGUUUCCUUCCGCUUCGCAGAUCGAUUUUGACUUCACCAGGUUCGCCGUGGAGACUGCCCCAGAUGAUGUCUACAUCCAGGUUCUGUCGCCAUGCCGUCCGGAGCUCAUCAAAAGAACUAUUGAAUCAUUAAAAGGUGCCAAAAAAGCCAUUGUUCAUAUUUACCUUGCCACAUCGGAUUGCUUCAGGAAUGUUGUUUUUGGGCUUUCCAAAGAGGAAUCGCUCGAGCUUGCGACUUCAUGUGCGAAGCUGGUGAGAAGUCUUACCAAGGAUGAUCCUGAAAUGGCGGCAACCGAAUGGUUGUUUGAGUUUUCGCCGGAGACUUUCAGUGACACGAAUCCCGACUACGUGCUCGAGGUGUGUGAGGCUGUCAAACAGGCUUGGAGUCCAACUGAGGAACAGCCUAUCAUCUUCAACCUUCCUGCCACUGUGGAGAUGUCGACUCCUAACACCUAUGCUGAUCAGAUUGAGUAUUUUUCAACAAGAAUCUCAAAUCGGGAGACUGUCUGCAUUUCUUUACACCCACACAAUGACCGUGGCUGUGCAGUUGCUGCUGCAGAACUGGGUCAACUUGCAGGAGCUGAUAGAAUCGAGGGUUGUCUUUUUGGAAACGGCGAGAGGACUGGAAACGUGGAUCUUGUGACAUUGGCACUUAACCUGUAUACCCAGGGUAUCUAUCCGAAUCUAGAUUUCUCCGAUAUCAACUCUGUGAUUGAUAUUGUAGAGAAGUCCAAUAAGAUUCCCGUUCAUCCUAGGGCGCCAUACGGAGGCCAACUCGUGGUUUGCGCAUUCAGUGGAUCGCACCAGGAUGCUAUCAAAAAGGGAUUCAAGCAACAUGAGGAGAGCAAGUCUGAGAUCUGGGAAAUGCCAUAUCUUCCUUUGGAUCCUCAAGAUAUUGGUCGUACAUACGAGGCAAUCAUCAGAGUCAACUCGCAGUCUGGAAAGGGAGGUGCUUCGUGGAUUAUCCUGCGUAACUUGGAGCUUGAUCUUCCAAGAGGCCUCCAGAUCGCAUUCUCCAGGGUCGUUCAACAAGAGACCGAAAAUGUGCAGAGAGAACUGCACAACGACGAGAUCAUCCAGCUCUUCAGGUCUCAGUAUCACGUUUACGAGACACCCAAGAAGGAGGACGUGGAACUGGUGGAUUACACGCAACUCAAUGCGUCUAAGAACUCCAGAGUUCUGGAGGUGAUUCUCAGUGUUAAGGGUGCAACCGUUGAGUCGAAGGGAGAAGGAAACGGUCCGAUUUCGGCGUUCACUGACGCUCUCAGAAAGGCAUUUGGUUGCAACUUGGUGGUGAAAAAGUACCAGGAGCACUCUCUUGGUAAGGAUUCGGAUUCGAAGGCUGUGUCUUACAUAGAAUGCGGUGUCACUGGACCUUCAGGAGUUGUUCAGGAUAUUUGGGGUGUUGGUAUCCACGAGGAUGUCUCACAAGCCAGUUUCUUGUCAUUGAUUUCGGUCAUCAACUCAGCAAUUGAAAAGAAGAUUUUGACAUGA